AUGGAAUAUAAUUCUAUGGAGCAUUCUAACUUAGAGAUUGAAAAUUAUUCUCCAAUCUAAUUUGAUUAACUUAGUACAGAUGAAGAAGAGGAGGAAUUUGAAAUAGGGUAAAAAUAGAAUAUUAUCAUUGUAGAGUCAGGCCUAUUAGAAAAAAAUUCAAUAAUUCUCUUGAAAAAUAAUAGUUCAUUGAAGAAUAUACAAAAAAGAAAAAGACUGAACUAUGCAAAAACUUUACACUUACAGGUAGUUGCAAAUUUGGCUCAAAUGUAUUAUCUUUUAUUAAUUGUUUAGUGUUCAUAUGCACAUGGUUAAUCUGAGCUAUUACCUAAAGCCCAUCUUCAUUAAAACUACAAGACUAAACCAUGCAAAAAUUUUCUAAACAAUGGCUGGUGCAACUAUGGAUCAAGAUGCUAAUAUAUACAUCCAGAAAAUUCGCUAAAAAAAACAAAACUCAAUUAAAAAAACUCUAACCAUAAUUAUGCCUCAGAUCUAUAAAAGUUACCGAAUAAAUGUAAUUCUUAAGAAGAAGGAUAAUAAACCUUUCCAAUUCAAAUGAUAUACUGGGAAUUAUUACAAAAACUUAAUUCUAGUUCACAAAUAAGUCUCAAAAAUUUUACUCGAUUAAGUUAUUUUAAAAGAUUAGGUGUCUAAAGUUUGCAUUCUUUCAGAUGA